CGCAGCCUCAGAAGGCAGAGCCGGUGGUGAGGAGGAGCGAGGGAGGUUGUUAGAUCUCACGGAUCAAAAUGGCGGAACGCGGAUACAGCUUCUCCCUCACCACAUUCAGCCCUUCUGGAAAGCUUGUUCAGAUUGAAUAUGCUUUGGCAGCUGUUGCAGCAGGAGCCCCGUCAGUUGGAAUUAAAGCUGCAAAUGGUGUGGUACUGGCAACGGAGAAAAAGCAGAAGUCCAUUCUGUAUGAUGAACGGAGUGUACACAAAGUGGAAUCCAUUACCAAACACAUAGGCUUGGUAUACAGCGGCAUGGGCCCUGAUUACAGAGUACUUGUUCACAGAGCGCGUAAACUGGCCCAGCAGUACUACUUGGUUUAUCAUGAGCCUAUUCCAACCGCUCAGCUAGUACAGAGGAUUGCUUCUGUGAUGCAAGAAUACACACAAUCUGGAGGUGUACGUCCAUUUGGAGUAUCAUUGCUAAUAUGUGGAUGGAAUGAGGGACGGCCGUAUUUGUUCCAGUCUGAUCCAUCUGGGGCUUACUUUGCAUGGAAAGCAACUGCAAUGGGGAAAAACUAUGUAAAUGGAAAGACAUUCCUUGAAAAGAGGUACAACGAAGAUUUAGAGCUUGAAGAUGCAAUUCAUACUGCUAUCUUGACGCUAAAGGAAAGUUUUGAAGGGCAAAUGACAGAAGAUAACAUAGAGGUUGGCAUCUGUAAUGAAGCAGGAUUUCGAAGACUUACUCCAACUGAAGUUAAGGAUUACCUGGCUGCAAUUGCCUAAUGUGGGUUAAGGAAAACUGCCAGGAUAUAUACAAAGAUCUCUUUUUUUCUUUUUUUUUAAACAGGCCAUUUAAAUAUUUGGCUUCUGCACUCUCCUUUCUACUUUGUUUAUCCGAUCGAUUUUUUAAAAGAAAUAUUAUGGAUUCAAAUGCUAUUGUCCUAAUAUUGAGAUGUGGAAUUAUUGUUCUUAAAACAUUAAACACUGUACACGAUAUAAUAGGAGUUUACACAAUCUGAAAAAAAAUAAACAUUCAAAAAUGGUGAUGUCA